GUUUGUAUUCACUCCAUGGUUACAUACGAUUUGUAUGUAACUUACGCCUCGUAAGUUACGAGUAUUCGACUGUACUUAUCACACCUGUGAUCAACCGGUGAUUCAGUGUGUGCUUACGGAGUGACCGAUAUUAAGCUGGUUGUUUUACGGGACAAUUUCAACAAGCUAAUAAACUUUACCUACCUGAAGAAUGAACAUGGACAUCACUGGUGAUAAAGGUGACUCGGUUUUGACGUCAAACUUUGACGUGAGUAAAAUAACAAAGGAAAUCGUCACCUUAUCGCCGCCUCUAAAAUUGAAAAGUCAUUCUCAAUCGGUUAAAUCAUCUCCGGCAGCAUUCAUCUUAAGAAACUGUUUGACCAAGGCAGAGUGUGCGGCUUUAAUAGAGUUGGCUGAAAAUAAUGAAGCCGGCAAAAGUUUAUUUUCGGAAACGGUAGUAAAUUUGGAAGGAGUGGACGUCGUCAAUCAGGAUGUUAGAGAAGGCUCGAGAUAUAUUUUGGACUCUGAGAACAUCGUGUCCCAACUGUGGACCAGGAUUCGUCCCCGUAUUCCCACCAAUUUGAAGGGUGCCGUCGUCACCGGGCUGAACGAACGAUUACGCUUUCUUCGGUACGAGACUGGUCAAAAGUUUGCGCCCCACUACGACGGCACCUACUCGAGAGAAGACGACCCUCUGGAAGUCAGCCUGAUCACGUUGCAAAUUUACUUGAACGACAAUUUCGAAGGGGGCGAGACCAAUUUUCUUGGCGAUGAUGAUGACGACGACAAGUCCGGGAAAAACUUUGAAGUCGACAAAGUCAGAAUCACUCCAGAAACCGGAAUGAUCCUUGUUUUCGAGCAGGACCUCAUGCACGAAGGGGCCGAAUUAAAGAACGGUGUGAAGUACACGGUUCGAACGGAUGUGAUGUACUCGUACUCAAAAAAGAAGAAUAUUAUGAUGUAACGGUUUGUACUGUAAGUAAAUAUGUACAUACGCAUUUGAAAUAUUUUAAAUGCGUACGUACAUUAUUUAAUGUUCUAGCCGAAACUAGCCGAAAGAAUAAAAAUGUGUAUAUGGACCACUUGAAAUAUUUUGCACACCUGUCGUAAAGGACAUAUCAUAGGUACACAUAUUCAUCUACUUAUACCCGAUCUUAUUACAUAGAAUAGCACAGAUUUUAUUUUUUACAUAUCAACUUGUUACCAACUUUGUAAUUUUACAAGAGUUCGGAAAAAUAUUACAGACAACUAGUGAGCAUUUAAAAUAAAUAGAGCAUUAUGAACUUUAA